AGGGAUUGGGAUCACAACGGAGCCUCCUUCUGUCCGGCAGAGCCAGCCCUGCAUUCGCAGCUGAUGGGAAGAGACACCAGGUAGGGCUGCAGAGCUGGGCAGGGACAGCAACAUUCCCUUGUACUUUCAGUGGGAAUUUCUCACAUUCUUUAAUUCCACGAUUAAAUCCUUCUGAGUAAAGUGCUGGGUAAAGUGCUCCACUGAACCCUUGUGCCUGUGACCAGAAGGAGCUUUCAACAUGGAAAUUCACAUCACCAGAUGCUUGGACCAUUUAAUGGCACAGAAAAUUGGGGGUUAUGCUGCUGUUCUGUAGAAUGGGGCCAUCCUCUGGUGCCCCAGUAUCAGUGUCCAAGGAAGCCUUUGACCUCCUCCAUCCUGAACCUGGUCGCUAUCAGGAGGAGCGGAGCAAUGACUCUGCACAGCAGCUUCAGCCAAAAUCCAUCAUUUACUGAUCUUCGUGAUUUUAUUACCCCUACAUUAAAUUGGCAUUUAUGUCUUUUGAUUGUCUCCAGAAUGUUACUCCGAACCCAAAAUCUAUUGAAUAAGCAGCAUCCAGGUUUUGCUACAGAGCCUGUCCCUCAUGAGUAAUGUAAAAAAAUGGCUCAAUUCUCAUUCCCCCAAUAUUUACAGCUUUUAAUGCCCUCUGGACCUCUCUUAACUGAAAAAAGGCAUUUUGUCAGGUUUUACCUAAAUGAGAGGGCACAGAUUAAGUUGAAAGAAAAGAGUCUGACCUAAUGACCUAUGGUGGCUUUAUGAUGCUUGUAUCCCCAAUAGUCUGUUCUCUUUAUGCUGGCUAUAAUUUCCUCUCGCACCCUGAAGAACUUCACUGGAGUGGACUCACAUCACGUCACACACACCAGCUGCUGCUUUAGGAUAUAAAUCCCAAAGGAGCAAGCGGUACAAGGAAGCACCACUGAUCUGCACAGACCCCCUUUGCCUGCUGCUCCCCCACAGUGAACAGGUCAGUAGAAUGUUUUCCUUCCUUCCUCCCCCACCUUCCCCUCCUCCAGCAGCUGCUCUGUUCCUGACACACUCUCCUGGUGAUCGCAGUGCCCUCCCCAAGUUCUCCCUCCUCUGCCCAGCGCUUCCCCUUGGCAUUUUGUGCUGAACAUUCCAAAUCUCCCAUUUCCCUCUCCCACCCCAUAAUUUCCAUCAUCCUCCUCCCCUGCACUUCUCUCCACUGAAUCCUUACCACUGCAAGGAGUUGUUGAGGAGCUGCAUGAUCCGUCCUUGGAUUCUCCAACCACUGACUCCCAUCCACUCUGACCACAGCCGGGGGCCACAUCCCACUGCCUGCCCAGUGUCCAUCCAUGGAGGUGACCACCGUGUCCCCAUCUCCUGCCUCACCCACUCAAGGGGCUGAUCUCUGUGAGACAGAUGUCACCAGCAUGGCCAUACACAGUGUGACACUGCUCAUCUACCACUGUGGGCUGGUUGGGAACGGGGCUGUUCCCUCUCUAUUCAGCACCAGCAGAUGCAACAACUUUCUGACUGACCUGACUGCUGCUCACUUGCUCUUCCUCCUUUUCAUAGUCCCCUCCACCCUGCGCUCCCUGGUGAAUGUGUUCUGCUCCACUUUGGUGCUCCCCAUGUACUUGAGCUUGCUUUUGCAGCUGUCACUGUCCUCCUGCCAGACAGAGCUGUUCUGGCUUGUGUUCAUCAGCAUCAAGAGGUAUCGAGAGCCCAUCAGCUUCAAACUCUGGUGCCACUUCCAAUACCACCAAUACCAGCCGCAGCUGAGGGUGAUGAUAAGACCCCUGCACUGGGCCUUUCUCUAUGUUUUCAUUCGUGUGGUUUUAAUUGUAUAUUUUCAGUGCCUUUUCCUAGGGAAAUGCCAGAUGGUUCACAUGUCCUUGUACAUCCUCACCCACCUCCUCUUUGCUGCACCCUUGGUAACGUCCACUGCAAUCAUCUACAUUAUGGCCCAUUUUUACAACCAGCAGAAGGAACCCACUAUGCUCAAACACAUUAUCUUCUUCUCUGCACUUUUUUCCUUCCCCAUCAGCCUCUCCAAUUUCAUGAGGCACCUCAGCUACACUGAGGUGUCCUCUCAGAUGCUUCUGCUCACCGGCAUCCAAAGCAGCAUCAAACCCUUUAUCUACUUCAUCUACUGUCUGAGAACACCGCAAGGAUGAGACACCACUCCAUGUCCCUGUGACUGUUCUUCCAGAGGGUCUUUGAGAAGCUAAAUUCCACACUGCCAGCAGCAAUGAUGCCACCAUGGGUACAGCAGUACUGACAUGUUAACUGCACUGAUGAAGGACACCAGGACAGUGGCUGAGGGUCCUUGAGCAACUGGAUUGAUAAAUAUCCAUGCUAUCACCCUCUCCCAUUGUAUCCCUGGAUGAGAGGGGAGCAGGGGCAUGUGGGACAGAUGCUCUGCACGGAGCAGACUGGAGUAUGGCUUUCAUACUCUCUCACGUGUCGUAGAACACAAUUCCCCAAACAGAUUGAGCCCCACACUGCUGUGGUCCCAAAAUUCCCCCUGGCACCUGGUUCCUGCAUCCCACUGUGAUCUGAUAUCAAUAAACCACUUUGUGAA